UUUCUUUGGUUUGCGUGUUUGUCACUCUGCGAUAGCAUGACCAGAACCGACCAGAAGUGCGUAAGAGUUUAGAAGGGCUAGAAGCGGAGGAAAAAAAAAUGUCAAACUUGGUUUUGGAAUUGAGCCCGUGAUAUUACCCGGAAUUGUGCAAUUUUGCGUCGCGAGUUCCUAUCGACCAAUCGAGCUGAAGGUCACGAAGAAAUGAGUUAAGGCGAGUUAAGGUGGUCUACGGAACGAAUAUGGAUUCUUUCUUCGACUUUGACGCUAGCUUGCCCCCGGUUGACGGUGGAGGGCGUUCCGGGCGCCGGAAUGCCGACUCCGAGGACGAGUACGAUGCGCUGAACGAUGAGACGUUCGGCGAUCCGGAUAAGGGCGAUUGGGAGAACAUGCACGAGACGCUGGUGAAGUUGGAGAAAGGUCCAGGGUUUUUGCUGAACGACGAGGAGGAUGACCGUGAUGGAGAUGCCUUGUUUGAUGACGACGAGUUGGAUCUGCAUCUGUCGCGGUUUGAUUUUGGGGACGGGGAUGAGAGUAUCGGCAGUACGGCGGACUUGAGCUUGGACGACGACAUCGGGAGUCGGCUGAGGUUGGAUCCAAGUAUUUGGGAUAGUCCGGUUAAGAAGACGACUCAGCCGGUGCCAGCGGUCAACCAUGAGGUGCAGAAUUUGUUUCCGAUACUGCCACCGAUGGCGCAGAAUGGGUUGGGUAACUCGUUCAGGCCUAAUAGCUAUCCGGUACCUCCAGCUCCGAUCAAGAUGCUUUCUGUUGAGGACAUUGAAAGGAAUAUUAUACAACAACAACAGCAGCAACAGCUACAGCAACAACAUCAGGAGCAGCUCAAGAGGGAGCGAGAACAUCUUCAUCAGCAGCAGCAGAAAGUGUUGCAGGAAAAUCAAAAGAACAAAGCCGCUAGGAAAGUCAUGGUCCCGCUGGUGUCUCCUGCCCUUCAGCCGAUGGUUCCGCCGGCUCAGCUGUUGGCAAUGCGCAACCAGAUGUUUCCACACCCACAGCUGUUGCCUCAGCCGCGAAUGCCGCUAGGUUUCUUGCCGUACAACUUUCUCCCGCCACCCUUCUCAACGCCCAUCAACAACCUGGCCAUGCAUCCCGGCUUUCCAGCAGCCGCCCAGCUAGGCAUGUUUCCGCCCCAUCAACGCAUCCCUCUGCCCAUACAGCCGAACCUGGUUCAGAACCUCCAAAACAACCAGUUCAACAAACGACUCGUUCAGGAGAUCCAGCAGAACCAUCCGUUGCUUGCGCUGAACCGCCAGAACUACCAAUACAACAAUAACAACAUCAACAACAACAACCAGAAACGGUACUACAACGCGGCUCCAAAAGGGCCAGAUUACGACGAGUACGCGAAUCUCAUGUCCAACCGCGAGAAACAGUGGCUUAUCGGGAUUCAGCUCACCCAGCUCAACUCGGACGCGCCGUACAUCAACGACUAUUACUUCACCGUGUACAAGGAGCGACUGGCCGCCCGGAACGGCAACCGGGAAAGCAAAGCCUACAAAGACAACCAGCUGAACCAUCCGUUCACGCAACCCACCGGGCACGCCCAGCUACUACUGAUGUCCUCGUUGGCCAAAAACUGCGGCAUGUUGAACUCCAAAGGAGGCCUCCUCAACCGGGAACGUCACAACUCCGAGUCCAAGAACAACAGCAACAACAACAACGGCGCUGAUCAGAAGGAUCAACAACCACCCCGAACCUACACACCACUCCAGUUCGAGAACUCUCUCGGUAAACUGCAGUGCGGCAGUGUUACGGCACCGCGGAAGAUCAUCGACAUGGACGUAGUCGGUGCGGAGUCGACCCAAGCCGGAGCUGGCACCACCACGACCCGUGAACUGCUGCACCGAUUGCUGCACAUCGAAAAACUCUUCAAAGUGGUGCUCAAAAUGGAAGAUCUGAACAACCCGGUGGCCAUCGAGGCCGCCCUAGUGGCAAAAGAGAAACGCGAAAAGGAUCGUCAGAUCCAGGAGGUCGCAUCGACCAACAGUUCGCUUUCCGCAAGUGCCGAAAGCUUCGACGAGCUGCUCGCCGUGCUCAUCGGCGGGCUGGCCCAGGACAAGGUGAUACCGAUGCUGGGAGUACGCAAGGGGAAGAUACUACUUCGCCGGAUCCUAGUUCUUCUACGCGAUCAUCCCUACCGAUGGACUCUCUGGGCCACGGCCUUCUCAACGCUUCCCUUCAUGCUGAAGAAGGAUCGCGACGACCCGGAAGGUGUCCUGUUUGCGCUGUACACCGAGUUUGAACGCCACGCUCAAUACAGCAACUCCCCAGAUCUGCUCAAGCUAUCCCAGGUCCUCGCGUCCGACAAGAUCCUCUCCCAUCUAAUCAGUUGCAAGUUCCUGCUCUCCUCCACCAUCACGAUCAUCUUUCAAAUGGAAAUUCACUUCACCAAAGCUCCCGACGCGAUCAACGCCGCCGAACGGCUGCAGUGGAUCGAAUUUCUGGAAAUGGUUACCGGCGCAGUGGGCAAACAGCCCGCCGCCCAGCAGCACAUGAUCAAGCUUGAUCGUGGCAAUAACAUUGUGCGCCUGAUCCGCGCCCACCUGGAGCGCUUUCCGCAGGUUAAGGGAAACGACUUUGUCAGCUUCAUUACGGCCCCGGACGUGCCGGAGGUCGGUAAAGCGAAGUAGAUGCCCGAAGGAGUUUGAAACUUAAGGAGGUAUUAGACUAUGACAAACAAACACUCGUAUUUUUUCGUGUUUCACAGUUUUCCAAACUCGAAAACAAUGCAAAAUUUUAACGGGUUAAAUCCCAUUUAAAAUUGAAGGGCGGUUACGUCCAAUCAAGCUCAUAUUUGGUAUUUGGGCUUAGUAUGCCCACCGGAACAAACCUCUGAAUGCCCGCCAAAAAAACAAUAUUGUUACACUCUAGUAUGCAUUCUGACGUUUCUGCAAACAAAUUCAAGCAAACUGGCUAACUGACAAAAAGUACGAGUUUUUGUCAUAGUCUAAUAUCUUCUUUAGAUAAAAAAAACUAUAAGCACACAUGAGGGUAAUUUUUACUGCCAGCAGUUCAAGUUCAAGCAGCGUUCAAGAUUACACAAAUCGGAAGAAAACCAUUUUCGUACAGGAAUUGACUCUUGCAGUAGCUUGUUUGAACCCCUUUCAGACUUGACCUGACCGUGCUAUCCUGCCGUAUGUCGCUUUUUGACGUUCCGAGAAAUGUAAACAAUAACAACCACGUUUUGUUUGGCUAACCGUGCAUUGCCCCAAAGUUGGGUUGAGUGGCAAAUUGUCGCAUUUGCCGGGUGUGACAACAUUGCACGGAGUUUUUAUUGAAUAUCUCAGGACUGAAAUCAAAAAUUGAGGAUCAUUGAAGGUCUAAAAGGUUAGGCAUUGAAAGCGGCACAAAAUGGCGUUUGUAACUCAAUUUGGCCAAAAAUAGAAAUGCGACAAGAUAGCACGAUCACGGCGAAAUGACCCCUAAGGAUAAAAAGGUCCCGUAUGGUCAUCAAAACCAUUUUCUCAUCAUUUUUAUUUAAAUAUUUUCAGUAACUGGCAAUUUAACAUCUUCAACUGUGUGUUUUCUGAUAAAUAUCACCAAAAGUUCAGAUUUGUGUGCAAAUUUGAUUUAUUUUCCUGUUUUCGAAAGUUUUACAUCUUAAAAUUUUAAAACCAUUUAUUUAUUGAUAAAAACAAAUCAUCGCACUUUCCUAUCCAAAAACAAACAAAGAACACGAAUUCACAAACACAAAUAUUCUGUUAUCUUACACUGUGAGUAAAUUCGUGAUAUUUGCAUUGAUGUAGGUGUUCAGCUUAAUUAUGCGUAUUAGUACAAGUCGUGUAAAUAUAUGUAUUUCGCAACUGCUAUAUUUGUAAAAAAAAAACAGGCUAUGAGAUAGGAGCGUUAUAAGCUAAUUGAACAAAACAGAACGAAGCUUAAACAUUUCAAUUGAUUAUUUAUUCUGAAAAUUUCCGUAAUUGAUGUCAUUGAAAAUAUUACAAAAAAAAGAAACUGAAAUUGUUAAGAACAAAGAAAAGAAAAUUAAUGUAAACAAAUUUCAUAGACAGUUAGACUGUCGCUCUUUAUUUAGUAAUUAAACUUUUAAAAUUAUGCAAUGCUUAAAAAAAUCAUAAAAUGAAACGUUAAUUCUAGUUAAUAUACUCGUAAAUUAAACAAAACAUUGUGUAUUUAUUUGACAUUACACUCACUCUACACAUAAAUAAAUGUUGUGAUUCAAACUUUGCUACGCAUUACCACGGAAUUAAGUAUAACUAUUCACGAAAUUGGCAAACGCGUUAAAGGACAAAAAAUAAAAUUACUGAGCUACACGUAAUUUGCCUAGCUGGGCAAAGCAAUUAUUUAUAUAUAAAAAAGAAACAAAGUGCUGCAAAUUAGAAAUCAUUCAUACCGAUUAGGGCAAAGUGAGUAUUACCUCUCUUCACUGAAACACUGUCGCGGUUUAGUCAAACUUGCCAGAAACGGUGUUAUGAUUUUCUUGUACCUUCUCACGUCAAGUAUGUUUUGAGCGCAACAAAAAUAAACACCGGCUGGUUCUAAUAAAUUUCGUUUAUGUUUUCGAAAACA